AAUGAAUAUCCAUUCAUCCAUUCAACCAUCCUACAAAGGUUUCUCUUUUCUCAAAUCUUCCAACACCUAAUCCCAAAUUCUUCGCUAAACCCUCACUCACAAAACUCAUCAGCCUCUCGCAGCCAUGACCGCUGAAGCGCCGAAACCAGCGCGACCCUGUGACUACUGUGGUCACUCUAUGGCGGUUCUCUACUGCAGAGCCGAUUCAGCCAAGCUCUGUUUCUCGUGCGACCGCGAGGUUCACUCUACCAACCAGCUCUUCUCGAAGCACACGCGGACGCUGCUCUGCGACGCAUGCGAUCAUUCCCCUGCUACCAUACUAUGUUCCACCGACACCUCUGUUCUCUGCCAGAACUGCGACUGGGAGAAGCACAACCCGUCGCUCUCCGAUUCCCUUCACCAACGGAGGCCCCUCGAAGGCUUCACCGGUUGCCCUUCGGUCUCCGAACUUUUAUCCGUUGUGGGGUUUGGAGAUCUCAGCAAAAAAUCGCUGCUUUCUUCGCCUCAGGGAAGUGUCGCUGAUGGGUUCCUCGGGUGUGAGAUUGAAGGGUUUUCGGAUUUGUUUGUUUGGGAUGCGCCUUCUGUCGUCACGCUUGAUGAUUUGAUUUGUUCUUCCGCUUCUUCUCAUAGCUUUCAGGCCAUGGAAGUUCCUCCGCUGCCUAAGAAUCGUAAGGCUGCUUGUGGGCGACACAGAGAAGAGAUUCUUAGUCAGCUUCGGGAAUUGGCCAAAUCCGAGCCGUUGGAUCUUGAACAAUAUGUGCAACCAGGAAACCUGUCCUCGGCUUUUGAAAGUGACGUGGAGUGGCAUAGAGAAAGGAGUGAGCCUAUGUAUCAAGUUGUUCCUCCUGACCCAUCAUUGAGAACUUAUACUGAAGAAGUUCCAGUUAAACAAUCCACUUCUGUCGGGGAAACUCACACCUUUGGCGACAAGGGAGGGAAUCCAUCUAUUUCUCUUAACUCUGAAACCCUACCAACUACUCCCAAAGCCGGUGCAUGUGAGUUAACUAGCCAAGAAAGAGAUUCUGCAUUGUUACGGUAUAAACAGAAGAAGAAAACAAGAAGAUAUGACAAGCACAUAAGGUAUGAAUCACGAAAAGUUCGAGCAGAAAGCAGGGUGAGAGUCAAGGGUCGAUUUGCUAAGAUGGAGCGGGAACACUAAAAUCAUGGUAGGCUGGUGUUGAACAUUACAUGGGAGCAAGUGAAAGCAAGUUAUACUUUUCUUAAUGUUUGGAUAUUCUGAGAAUGUGAAAGCUGAGGUAUAACACAGCUGACAAAGUGCUACCUAAGGAUUUGUAACAAGAACACCUUGUAUCUUCUGCAAUUUCAUUGUUCCUUGUUUUGCCAAGGGGGAUAUGUUACUGUAUCUGAACUCAGCUCAGUCUGCAAGUGUUUUCCCACUUUUAAAUUUCUCUUAACGGAAUGUACUUUCAAGUAGUUCUAGAACAAUAAGUACUGAUUCAGCAAAAAGUGUGCAAAUAGAAGUGUUAAGUGUACAUGCAAAGGACUCAAACUGUCUAAUUUAUCAGACUAAUUGUCUGGUAUAUACUGAAGUAUGUGUUGCUGAACAGCAUUUAGCUCUAAUAAUCUAGGUAAGCGAUAGAAUCUGUUCUGUCUUCAUGCAUAUUGCCAGGUUAUGUAUGCAACUUUCAGUCAUAAUUUAGUCCAUUGGCAAUUUGAUUGAAUGCAAAGUUCUUGUCUUCAGGGAAACCUCGCAAUAUUAAAAAAAUUUUGUAUGUUUU